AUGUCUGCCUUCGCGCCUGAAGACUCAGACAACGAUUACUCGUACGCUGAGGUCGACCCCGCGGAAACCACCCCUCCAAUCCCCCAAUCAAUGGGCGACGCAGACCCCUCGCACGGCCAAGGUCACUCAAAUAACCCCCUCUUGGGAUCCGAUAAUCCUCUCAUGUCAGAUCUGGAGCAGGAAGUAUUGGAAGAAUACGCUCGAUUGCUACAGAAUGUCAACCAGCUGUCCGACAAACUCGCCGACCUUGCCGGCUCGCCCGCCUCCAUGCCCCUCGACGGCCUUCGUCUCCUUGAACGCAAGACUGCGACUGUAUGCACCCUGCUCAAGGCCAGUGUGUAUAGCAUUGUCUUGCAGCAGCAGAUCUGGAAUGAGAAUGAAGAGCAACAGCAACAGCAGCAAAACGAGGACCGUCAUUUCCAGGACCACGAGUAUCAGCAGGGAGAAUACGAGGGGGAGGGAGACAUGACGUUCCAGUAA